GUUCAUUCGUGCAUGUAGAGCUGAGGAGCGAGCGCCUCGCCGGGAGGGACGAGACGUGCUUUCAGUGCAUAUUUGCAAGCAUCCUCCGUUAUAAUUAGCCGUCGUAGUGCUGGAAUAACGUUAAAAAGACGUUUUCGUUGGUACUUCUGGUUAGACUUCACGGCUUUAUUUUGGCGGUGUGGCGCAGCGCUGUAAACGCCGAGCUUAGGAUUUGUCACCUGGCUGCAGCAGCUGACUUACUUGUGUCUUGAGGAGAGAGUGGAGCCGCUCGGCUGUUGGCAAAAGAAAACCGGCAGUUGCUAACAAGUAGUUAGCAAGUCAGCCCGUUAGCUUGCUACUUAGCCAGCUCUCCCUGCUGUCACAGCAAGUCCCACCCUCAGCAAAGUACGUGGACGUCGUAAAGAGGCUGCAGUGGUGAAGUCGAGUGCUUUUCUACCCUCAACUUAGCCAGCAUCGCUGUACAGCUGGCUGGCGAGCUAAAACAGCCUACUAAACGUUAGCUAGGUGACGCUAACGUACAAAUUGUUGGCUUUACGUUGGACAAGUGUCUUCUGUGGAGGGAUACGGUCGCUACACUGGCAAAGAGACUGGCUAAAAAGAAGAGGCGAAAUAAGAGAGAACAAGGAAGACGCCGAGAAGGAGGGGACUGGCUAGUUUAGCCGGGGAGACAGAAUCGCACAUAGAUAGCAAACGCCGCCACCGAGCCACACACAGCCAUGAGUAUUGAGAUACCGGUGGGGUUGACAGAACUGCUGCAGGGCUACACUGUGGAGGUGCUGCGACAAAGGCCGUCAGACCUGGUGGAUUUUGCAGUACAGUACUUCACCCGUUUGCGGGAUACCAGAAGUCAAGAUGGGGCCAGUGCCGUUGGCAAGACGGGGAAAGGAGUGAUGUUUGACGGGGAGCCGAUGCAAACAGAGUCCAACGGAGAGGAUGAUGAAGAUGAUGAUUCUGACUUUGAGCCUCCACCGCCGAGCAGAUUCAACAGGAGAGUGUCAGUGUGUGCGGAGGCGUUCAACCCAGACGACGACGACGAUGACACGGAGCCCAGAGUGGUUCACCCAAAAACAGAUGAGCAGCGCUGCAGACUGCAGGAGGCCUGCCGAGACAUCCUAAUCUUCAAAACACUAGAACCUGAGCAGUUCUCAGAGGUGCUGGAUGCCAUGUUUGAGUUACGGGUUCAGCCCCAGGAGCACGUCAUCGACCAGGGAGACGAUGGAGACAACUUCUACGUCAUAGAGAGGGGUGUGUUUGACAUAGUGGUAUCGGGAACAUGCGUGGGUCAGUAUAACAAUAAGGGCAGCUUCGGGGAGCUGGCACUCAUGUACAACACGCCACGCGCUGCCACCAUCGUCGCCACCCAAGAGGGGGCGCUAUGGGGAUUGGAUCGUGCCACAUUUCGUAGACUCAUUGUGAAGGCCAAUGCCAAGAAGAGGAGGAUGUACGAGUGUUUCAUUGAGUCUGUGCCCUUACUCAAAUCACUUGAGGCAACAGAGAGGAUGAAGAUAGUGGAUGUAUUAGGAGCCAAGCAGUUCUCAGAUGGUGAGCGCAUCAUCAUACAGGGAGACAAGGCUGACUGCUUCUACAUCAUAGAAUCUGGGGAGGUCAAGAUCAUGAUGAAGAGUAAAACGAAGGCGGACCAUGCAGACAAUGCGGAGGUGGAGUUAACGCGCUGUAGCAGGGGUCAGUACUUUGGGGAGCUGGCCUUGGUCACUAACAAGCCCCGGGCCGCCUCAGCCUACGCAGUUGGAGAUGUCAAGUGUUUGGUAAUAGAUGUGCAGGCGUUUGAGCGCCUCCUGGGCUCCUGUAAGGAGAUCAUGAAGAGGAACAUCGCCCACUAUGAAGAGCAGCUGGUGGCCCUGUUCGGCUCCAGCAUGGACCUGAGAGACUGAGCCUCCCACACCACCCUCCGUGCCUUCUAUUACACACACACACACACACAGAUGCGCGCACACACACACACACAGACAAACCGACAUAUGUCCUCUCUCACAUCACGCAGUGGUUAUACAGACUCAUAAGCUUUACACAGACCGUGCAAACAGAUGGGAAAUUGUACUCGGCUCACCUGCAGGUACAUAAGCCCUUAAACAGUAUAUCACUUACUCACACACAUACAUGAACACACACACAUACACCUAUGUAGGCACUGAGAGACGCCCACUUGACUUAGUCUGCUCACCCUUGUGCACAUACUAGCUCAACACACUCCUUGAUAAGCUCACUUAGUUGAUGCACACACAGAGUUAGCUAAAGGCCACACACCUUGUUGCUUGAGCCAACGUCAACCUCUCAGUAUGAAUGUCUUUGCUGCAACGACCUUAAUACAGGAAAAGCAGCGUAAGGACAUAAAACACACACAAUACACACACACACUCCAUACACAUGUUUUAAAAAAAACAAACAAACAAAAACACAUCAUCAUGCUUCAUAUGUGCAGGCUUUGCGUUCACAUGAGCACUUAAACAACUCAAAGUUGUUCCAACAAGCCUCAGCCAAGGACACAUCAACACACACACACACACACACACAAACACACAAACACGCACACACUCACACACACACACAGGGGUACAAAUACAGAUACUCAAGAACACAUAGACAACCACAUUUGCAAAAACGGACACAUUGUGGUAAAAUGGAGACGACAAACUUUAAAAAAUCUCUGAAAAGGAAAAUGAAUCAAAAAGGCAAAAAAAAAGAGAGAAAA